AUGGGAAAAGCGUCCUUGGCCAUUGCUCGAACAAAGGAAACACCACAGAAAAGAAGGCGAAUGGAACUCCGAGAAAGAAAAGUGUGCAAUAAGCUGCAUUUACUAGAUCGAAUAUUGAUUUUUGUGAGCUUGCUAUUUAUUGCAAGUGCGGAAUUAAGUAGCGAUGUAAGUUCCAGAGAAGUAUAUAUGCCGAUAUUCAAUAAUGGGCUAUCGUUCAAGGUGCCGCCCAUCAAACGCUCGUCGUUACUAGGAACAGCCCUGUACGAAGAUUUCGAAUAUAGCUCCAACAACAGCGCUUCCGAUGGAGCGUUCUGUACGGUGUUUAAUGCAGGCAUGGAUGACAUAUCUAAAGAGGUUGUGUUUGAAAUACAUGUAAUGGACGUGCUGCAAGAAGAAACUGACUCCGGCAGGUUCGGAGGAACCAGUCACGAGCGUGGGAGACAGUCACUGGACUUUAGCGUUUUUAAUAACAGGAACGGUGAUUUGUUAAGAAGCAAGAAAAAUUUAGCAAGUGGGAUGUCGGUCAUCGAAGUCAAUCCUGAAGAUAGUAGUGAGUUCUUGAUAUGCUUCAUAAACUUAGUCUAUGAUGCAUCAUGGAGCUCUAUUGACACUGAAAAAUCCGUAACAAUAAAGAUGACCUACAACGAUAAGCUCAAUCCCGACAUGUUGUUGCAUUUAGUCAAGCAAAUGACACCACAGGUCGUAAAAGCAUUAAAUAACGUCUCCGACGGCCUUUUCGAGAUAGUGAGCGACACCACAUUGCUUCAAAUGGAAAGUGAUAGGCGAAACAUAAAUGAAGCGACCUACAGUUAUCUGAUCGUAGGGUUUGUGUCGCUUAUGAUAGCCCAGUUGAUAUCAAAUAUUAUAGUUACUGGUUAUUUGAUUAUUAAGAUCAAAAGCAAGUUUCCAUCUCAUAUUAAAAAGAAAGGUUUGUAA